CCCAGGAUGACCUGAGAGUCACCAUGCGACCAACACCGUGUUGAGUGAGGACGCUAACGAAGUAGCAGAAACCCAGUCGGACACUCAUAGCUCAUCUCUGAUGCAGAGUGAAAACACAGCUCGUAGCUUUCAGGCUCCAGGGGCCCUCCACCGUUUCUUGUCAGUCCACACGAGUCCUGUGAAGUGUGUCGACAGCGUGUCCCCGCCCCUCCGGUGUUAAAACUCCCCAGAAGGUUUCCUUCUCCUUCAGUCUGAGCCGAGCGGCGGCUGGGUGCGCCAUGACUCUGAGCGGCAGCGGGCUGCGGUCGUGAGCUUCCCUCGCGUUCUUUCCCCCGAGAGGCGACAUGGUCCAACUUCAGUUCGAUGUUCUGGACUCGAAAUGCUGGUCGCGCGCCGGCCGUGCACGCGUCCUCCUCCGUGGUCUGAUGCUUGUUUACUUCACCACGCUCUCCUCACGUAUUCAUGCAUCUCCAGCAACCUGCAGUUCCUCCAAAUACCAGCACUGUGGGUUUCACCCAGCUGGAGUCCACGGUUUGGAUUGUUUCCGCAGAUUCCCUGAUUUUGUCCGGACGGAGUGUGUGUGGAAGCCUGGAAACCACACAUCAGAUAAAGAGUACACAAUAGUCGUGGAUCAGCCGCCAAGGAUUAAAUGCAAACCUGAGAACAUCACCACAUUGUCUAAGACGUUAAAAGUGUCUGAAAGCAGAAACCUGACCGUGGAGGUUUUUGAGAACAUCAAUUCGAGAAAUUGCACCAAAGCAGUUUUCCGAGGUUUGCCGAGGUACAUGGUGCGAUGUGGUCCUCCAGUCAACGUGUCCUUCGGGCGCCACUCCGGGGGACUAGACGUGAACGUGACGUGGCCGCCGUCGCAUGUAAAAGGCUUCACUGAUUAUCAUGUGAGAUACAAAGAACAAGGCAACUCUACAUGGGACGAGUCGCCCUUGCAGUUCCACAAAGGAAACAGAUGCAGAGUGGAGAAUCUAAACUCCUCGCUGGCCUACGUCGUGCAGAUACGGUGUGUCACGAACACCAAAUGCACCCAGUGUCCCUGGAGCGAAGCUUAUUACAUCCCAUCAGAACUGAGGACUCAGCCCGACAGUGUCGACCUUCAAGACACUGACGUUCCACAGAAAAAUGGCCGCCGGCUGGUUUCUGUUAGCUGGAAGUUCUCCGCUGACGAGCUGAACGACGGUUACUCGGUGACCGUCAGGAAGACGUCAGGAGAGACCCCCGUGAACACCCCACAAUUCAACACCUCCCAGCCCCAGAUCAGACUCAUCCUCUCCUACUCGGCGUAUCAUCUCCACAUCAGCGCCGUCAACAACGUCAGCAUCUCCCCCGCUGCACGACUGACGAUACCACAACGUGAAGACAUGUCCGGUAUGAGAGACGGGAGGCUGAAGGUGAAGGUCCAGAGCAAUAGGUCUUUUACCAUCUCCUGGAAGGACAACCUCAUCCGAACAUACGUCUGCUACUCAGUGGAGUGGAGGAAAGAGGGCGACAAAGUGAAAUACAUGUCUUUUUAUCAGAGAGCACAAAACAACCGGACCUUGGAUCCUUUACCGGAGCCUUUGGAGCCUUAUCAGAGAUACAACAUCACUCUGCACACGCGCCCGGAGAAGGGAACGUGCAACAUGAAGCACAUCAACAACAGCGAGAGCACCUACGGGAGUACGCAGUUCUACUUCACCGAAGGAACUCCACUCAGCGCUCCCAAAAACAUCCAAAGCUACAACGGGACACUGACUUCAGUGGUGCUGGAGUGGCUGCCGAUCCCAGAGGAGGACACCAGAGGAUUCCUGCUGGGUUACAUCAUUUACUACACUGAGUACCACCAGAGACGAACAGGCUCAGAGAAAAAUGUUACCGUGGAUCCGGAGCUUAACAUCUAUGGGCUGGAGGGUCUCAAAAGCGCCACGACGUACCAGGUCCAGAUAUCUGGUUUCACCUCUGCAGGGGAAGGAGUACGAAGUGAAGAAAUACUCUUCAAAACAGAACAUGAAGGAAAUUUUGAUGUCAAAGGCAUUAUCAUAAUCUUUUCUGUCGUGGCCCUUGUGCUGAUAUGUGGGACGCCAAUUAUAAAAAGAGCUAAAGUCGUCCUGUGGCCGAGCAUCCCUAGCCCCGGAUACAGCAACGCGAUGCAGAAAAUCGAUGGAAUCUGUGAGCUGGAACUCCUCGAGGCGAUCAAGACUCUUAAGGUGGAAGAGUGGGACACAAAAAGUCUCCAGAUAGUUGAGAAAGAAGCCGUGAUCCCCGCCAGCGCUUUGCCGUCAAUGCUGCCUCUCCUCAGCGACUCGCUGGACGAAGGAGACUCAACGGACACGAGUCGCGACUGGUUCCAGACGGACACAGACAACACGAGUGGGGACGUCCUACCUCACGAUACGUCGUCGGACACGCGACAGAUGGCCCUCCAGGGUUCUCCCUUCGUCUUCCCGAGCGGAUACACAACACUAGAGAUGCUCCAGCAGGUGAUUCCUCAGGGGAUGCCGCUGAUGAAUACAACAGAAGUCAUAGAGAGCGAGUCGGAGGACGCAGACUUCACCGUGGUGAAGUCGGGAGUGGAGUACGUCAGACAAUUCAGCACCAGUCCAAUCAUGGACAGUGAGCAGAUGUCCACAAUUUUGUGACAAACUAUGGACCGGCAAUUAAGAAUGAAGAGUCAUGAUCACUACAUGAGAGACUUCCCAGAAAAUUCCAUCAGGUGGACUAUGUUUAAUGUGAAUAUCUCAUCCAGAAAUAAGUUUUAUUUGAACCAGAAGACAGUUUGCCUUUCCUACCUCUCGGCUAUACGAAAACAAACACACCUCUUCAACAAUCACUGCUCAUUUCUGUACCUGCAUUAUUUGAUCACAUUUAAAUUUACACUGUAAAUGACCUGGUGGUCUAUGGUUAACUCGGGGUGGGAACUCCCCUAACUUUACAUCAAAGUCCUCGUAAAAGGUUGUUUGCGGCGCUCGUCUCUUGCCAACUCUGACAUGUUGCAGAAGAAGGGGGUCGUAUUUCUAGACUACUACUUCAAAGGUGCAUUUGCACGUUAGACCGGCGCAUUUGUGCAUCCCGAUGUAGGUCACAUGUGGAAAUUGUUGCAGGCCUAAAAAGAGAAUCUCACAAUUGUCUCUAAUUUUCUGCAGUUGCAGCAAAACUAAAAGGUUAGCUGCAUGGGAUAACAUUAGCCGCAACUAGCCCAACACACCGGAGCCUUCAGAUUUAAGCAACAAGCUGAAUUGUGGGUAAUGUAGACACCAGGUUUUAACAAGGAAGAAGAGAAUAUAUGCAGGAUAGAUAAAAAAAAAUAAAAAAUUUGACUUUUAACCCCCUGAGACCCUGCGUCCUCAUAUCUACUUCAUUUAAACCCGUUGUCCUCGUUAGUGGACACUGUAGUCUGCAAACUAGUGGUAGCAUUUCCUCAGAUUCAUUCCACAGAAUAAAAGUCGACGCUGAACAAACCCCAUCAAAUUCUACAGUUAAAACUUAUAUAUUUAUACUCAUUAAUGUUUCCAGCUUGAUAUGACAUGCAAAUUAAACAAAUUUUAUCAAUAACAACGAGCUACAACCUCGCUAAUUAGCAAGAGAUUGAGAUGCGUUUGAGAUGUUUUGCCUCCAGUUAAGCCCCACCCCUUGGAAAACAUCACAUUGUUUACAAACCGUGAGGGGGUCUAUAAACACUUGAGUGUCAUCUGCAAAGUAUUUCGCCUUGAUAAAUUAUGAUUUUUUUACCAUUCGGUCCAAGUAUAAAUAUUGAAUUGAGAUUUUUUGCAAAGGAUGUUAAAGUGUAGAAAACAUCUUGACUUACCCUCUGGAAGAUUAUGAAUAACUGCAUCAAAUGGUCAUGGAUUGCAUAUCUAAAGAAAAAUGUACGUUAUAUUUAACACAAUAAAUGUUGUACUUCCGUGCGACACUCUUCAGAACAUUGCCCACAGAUUUUGCAGUUUAAACAGUUGAGUGUCAUCUGCAAAUUAUUUCACCUUAAGGCUAAAUUUAUGAUUAUUUACCAUUUGGCGAAAUUAGAAAGUCCGAAUACUAUGUGAUUGUUUGACUAAAGCAAAAAGGCAAAUAAAGCAAAGUUAAUGAAUGAAAAGUCUCUUUAUUGAAUGUUUUUGGAAACAAACCAGAUGUAUUGUUAAGAUUCAAACUGAGAACAACCACAUACACAUAUUUAUAUAUACACACAUCCAAGCUCUUUAGAAACAGUGUUACCAAACCUUUACAUCGAGUCCCAGUAUCAAACAACUAAGUGUCCUGGAGAAAAACCAUCAAAUAUAUUUCUACAGUAUAUAUAUAUAUAUAUAUUUAUAUUUAUCUUAUGUAGUGGGGUACACGGAUAUAAAAAAAUAAAAUUCUUCACAUACGGUUACUAGCAUCUGUGUUUGAAAUUUUACUAAACUUUUAUCAGCACACACACCCACUACUCCAAACAUUAAAAAAAAAAAAGUAAAAGCCAUGGAAGUGGAAUUUGGCAAAAACAAAAAAACAUCUCUCCUGAAGUUUUUCUGCAAACACUGAUCCUGAUUUGAAGCUAGUUGUUGCAGUCUGCUGUUAUUCACUACUUCAGUAUCUCAUCAUCCAUAUUUCUGUACAAUCUUAGUGUAGGCACUUUUUUUUUGACCCUCCCUCAGAUUUCACAUUCAGCCUCUAGACUGAACUUUCCUUCAGUAAUAUGAACCGUUUCACACACCAUCAUCAUCAUGAGAAUUUGUUUUUCAUUACACUAGAGGCGUCACAGCAUUACAACAAUAGCAGAACCACAAAGCAUGAUGUGAUCUUGUCGCAGCCACUCAUCAGGAGUUUAUAUAUAUUUAUAUAUAUUUAAAAAGAAAAAACAAGUAUGUGUACACCCAUAUAAACCAAAAGAGAAAAUAAAACAAUGUGUUGACCAUAAAUGAUAAACCAAUGUAUUUUUUUUUUUUUUUAUGA